UCCUACACGUCUCCGAUUUUCCUCCACAAACAAAUGAAGAGGAGCCAUGGCGACCUGUACGGCCGACUGCUGAGGAGUGGAGAAAUCAAGGUGGAGCCUAGUCUCCUCCCAUACGUCGCAGCCUCCUAUCAAGAACCGAUCGGAGCCUCCCCGGGAACCGUCCAAAGCACGAGCGAGAUUCCAGCAGAAGGAGCCGGACAACACAGAUGUGAGAAGUGCAGUAAAACCUUUAGUCGCCCUCAUAGUCUGAAGAGACACCAGCGCAUCCACAAGGGAGAGAAACCAUACCACUGUAAACAGUGUGGGAAAACAUUUAGACAAUCUAGUUAUCUGACGGUACACCAGCGCAUCCACACAGGAGAGAAACCAUACCACUGUAAACAGUGUGGGAAAACAUUUAGUCAGUCUGAUGAUCUGAAGAAACACCAGCGCAUCCACACAGGAGAGAAACCAUACCACUGUAAACAGUGUGGGAAAACAUUUAGUCAAUCUGGUCAUCUGGAGAGACACCAGCGCAUCCAUACAGGAGAGAAACCAUACCACUGUAAACAGUGUGGGAAAACAUUUAGUCACUCUGGUGAUCUGAAGAAUCACCAGCGCAUCCACACGGGAGAGAAACCAUACCACUGUCAGAAGUGUGGGAAAACAUUUAGUCGAUCUGGUCAUCUCAAGAGACACCAACAACUUCACAGAGGAGUCUCCACCCAAAUAACCAUGUGAAGAAACUAAAUGGUUCCCAGACAUCUGUUAUUCAAAUCGAAUCUAACAUGGUUCUUGCUGUUAUAUGUUAAAAGGGCACAUGAACGGUUAAUUGUUUAUCUUAUCAACUUUAUGUAUUUAUUUAUAUUCAUGUCUAUAUGAGUGAAGGGUUUUACCCAAAAAAAAUUCAGAAAAAAAAUAGUUUGAGAGAGAUAAUGUUAUUAUCUGAAUUAUUUAACUUCCAUUUGUCAUCAGUAAGGUAUCUUAUAUCUGACGUCAUUGUUAUAUUUACUACAUUUGUAUGUAUUUAUUUAUCCUGUAGAAAUUCAAAUAAAAUCGGAUAUGCAGUGCUGAGAAGACUGGUUUUGUCUGGAUAGAAUAGAAGCAGUCCAACAUGUUGGUGAAUUAUAUUUGAUAUGCUGUAAUGCAUAACGUAGGAUGCAACGGAUGAGCUGAGGUCCCGUUACUGACCACCAGAGGGAACCACAGCACCACGAAGAUGUUCCCCUUCCCCGGAUUCGGUGACAUUUUGAAUUAAUUAUUGAUAAUUAUGCUUCAAUCUUCCAAUAAUAUUUACUAUUCACCUU